UCACAUCAAACCGCCUCUCAGCUUACGGCGCUCGCCAGCGUCAUCGGGCGUGUUUCCUAUCACGCCGACCUACCACACACACACCACCAUGCCGUGUGCCAAUUAUAGACAAUUCACCUUGACGUCAAAACAUUACCUUAUCCGUCAGCUCAUGUUCAGUCCAGUGGGGCAUCCACAGAAGGCUUUGUGCGUCUCUGGACGGACACGCAGGCAAACGAAUAUUUGAUGGCUGUGCCGUGUUUCAGCGCGUACGUGACAUUUGAGAGAUUUCUGAAGUCGCCAGUUCUCGCGUCGAUGACCGCAACGCCAGUGUAAGAACCGCCCCUGCACAGGGAAGCAGCCAAUUGAUAAUUUUGACUUCUUGGCUGGCUGAAUCACAAGCUGCCACUAGCUCACCCUUCAGCGACGGGUGUCAAGACCCAUGGGCCGCCCCGCUCGAUACUGCGAUACAUUCUACCUGGCCCAACAUCUGACAGCGGAACAAGCCGAUACAAAACAUGGGAUAAGCUGCGUGCCACUGGAUGUCUGCUCACUGAUGAGUGAAUAGGUGAGGUUCCCCGCCAACACUUCGCCAAUGUCAACCACAGCGACGCCACUAUCGGCUUCAUCGGACCCCAAUGCAAUGAAUGCCUGACAGAUAAAGAGAAAGGGACCUUCUUCAGACAGCCACCGUGUGUGGGUGAUCUCACCAGCCAGUGCGCGGCGCUGCUUGCAUCGUCAACAGUGUUAAAGAAGGACAUCUUGCCUGGCCCCCUUCAAACGAGACAACCACCGGAUUUGUUCCUCCCUCUAUCGCCCUCUGUCCACCUCGCUCGCCGCUUACCCAGGGACGUCGAGCGUGAUGACUUUCGUCUCAUCCGUGAGAUUCUUUUUGUUGAAGAUGUGCACUCUGUCUGUCUUGGUAUCGCUGAUCAAGAGCAAAUCGCGCGCAUGGCCCUCCGCAUCGUUCUCCGUUUCAGGAAUGGGGUAAAUCCUGAAGCCAUGAGAGAGGCAGUAUGAGGUCGGUCUGCUAGUUCUUUACUGUGUCUCACAUACCUGCCGCUGAUGCCUGCAUGCCGCCGCAGAGGCCGUCUCGAGGCGACGUCGAUCUCCCAAACGCUCGGUGCGUCAGAGGGCCUCAU